GGAGAUUCACCGCCUCGGCUUGCCUGCAUCCCAGACUCUGCCAGAGAUUCUGAGCUGGGCUGGGUUCAUCUCUCCUCUGAAGCCCUGGUACCCGCAGGCCUGUCUCCUCCCCCUGGGGGUGAAUCCACCCUCCUUUACAGCCUCUUUUUUUCUGACCAGCUCAUUUAUUCUCCAGCGCUGACAGCUAGGCAGAGCCUCGGAGGAGCCCAUCCCCCUGCUCCACCCUCCACCUGCUCCGCUAGCCCUCUGGGUGAAAGGCUGUCCUACCGGCAAAAGUCUCGGUGGUCUUCCUCUCUGAACAUCGGACCCUCUGCCAUUCCAGCCUCCCAUGCCGAGGCCUGCUCUGUCAGUCACUGCUUUUUGUCAUCGGCUUGGCAAACGGGAGAGCAAACGAAGCUUCAUGGGAAACAGCAGCAACAGUUGGUCCCAUGCAUCAUUCCCCAAGCUGGAGCUGGGCCUGGGACACCGUCCCUCCCCACCCCGGGAGCCGCCUACCUGCUCCAUCUGUCUGGAAAGGCUUCGAGAGCCCAUCUCACUGGACUGUGGCCAUGACUUCUGCAUCCGGUGCUUCAGCACUCAUCGCAUCCCAGGCUGUGAACCACCAUGCUGCCCUGAGUGCCGGAAAAUCUGCAAGCAGAAGAAGGGCCUCCGCAGUCUAGGGGAGAGGAUGAAGCUCCUGCCACAGCGGCCGCUGCCCCCUGCACUACAGGAGACCUGUGCCGUGAGGGCAGAGCGGCUGCUAUUGGUGCGUAUCAAUGCCUCUGGAGGCCUCAUCCUCAGAAUGGGGGCCAUAAACCGCUGCCUGAAGCAUCCAUUGGCCAGGGACACACCUGUCUGUUUACUUGCUGUACUGGGAGAGCAGCACUCAGGAAAGUCCUUCCUCCUGGACCACUUGCUCAGAGGUUUACCAAACCUGGAAUCUGGUGACAAUGGCAGGCCCAGGACAGAGGGGUCUCUGCCUGGGAUCAGAUGGGGUGCCAAUGGCCUUACUAGGGGCAUCUGGAUGUGGAGUCACCCCUUCCUGCUGGGAAAAGAAGGGAAGAAGGUGGCUGUGUUCUUAGUGGACACGGGCGAUGUCAUGAGCCCGGAACUGAGCAGGGAGACAAGGAUCAAGCUCUGUGCUCUCACCAUGAUGCUCAGCUCCUACCAGAUCCUGAACACCUCCCAGGAGCUGAAGGACACAGACCUGGGCUAUCUAGAGAUGUUCGUUCACGUGGCUGAGGUGAUGGGCAAGCAUUAUGGGAUGGUGCCAAUCCAGCAUCUGGACCUCUUAGUACGCGACUCUUCCCAUCACAAUAAGUCAGGACAGGGGCACGUGGGUGACAUACUCCAGAAGCUGUCCGGCAAAUACCCCAAGGUCCAGGAGCUGCUCCUAGGGAAACGGGCCCGUUGUUACCUCUUGCCUGCUCCUGAGAGGCAGUGGUCAAGCAAAGGUCAAGCAAGCCCAAGAGGCAACACAGAAGAUCACUUCUUCCGGGCCUACAUCUCGGAUGUGCUGAGCACAGCACCUCAGCAUGCUAAGAGCCGCUGCCAGGGGUACUGGAGUGAGGGGCGUGCCAUAGCCAGAGGAGACAGACGCCUGCUCACAGGGCAGCAACUAGCACAGGAGAUCAAGAACCUCUCAAGUUGGAUGGGGAAGACAGGGCCCAGUUUUAGCUCUCCAGAUGAGAUGGCUGCUCAGCUCCACGACCUGAGGAAAGUGGAAGCUGCCAAGAAGGAGUUUGAGGAGUAUGUGAGGCAGCAGGACAUAGCCACUAAGCGCAUCUUCUCUGCACUCCGAGUCCUGCCCGAUACCAUGCGGAACCUCCUCUCUACCCAGAAGGACACCAUCUUGGCCCGCCAUGGUGUGGCCUUGUUGUGCAAGGAGAGAGAGCAGACCUUGGAGGCCCUGGAAGCUGAGCUGCAGGCGGAGGCCAAGGCCUUCAUGGACUCCUACACCAUGCGCUUCUGUGGCCACCUGGCAGCAGUGGGGGGCGCUGUAGGUGCCGGGCUCAUGGGCCUGGCAGGGGGUGUGGUGGGUGCAGGCAUGGCAGCGGCAGCAUUGGCUGCUGAAGCUGGAAUGGUGGCAGCUGGGGCAGCGGUGGGGGCCACCGGAGCUGCUGUAGUUGGGGGUGGUGUGGGUGCCGGCCUGGCUGCUACCGUGGGCUGCAUGGAGAAGGAGGAAGAUGAGCGGAUACAAGGAGGGGACCGAGAGCCCCUUCUCCAGGAAGACUAACAGCAAGGAGAUGUUCAAGGAUGGAGGAGAUGAAAGGCAAGAGGAAGGGUGUGGUCACGCCAGGGAUUCGGAGGGGACCAUGUGUAUGCUGGCCCUGUUCAAUGCCCUUGUCAUUCACUGACUGAGCUCGGGUUUUAAUCUGAGUCCAAGGACCUGAGGAGGCUUUCUGGCCAGGAGGCUGUGCUUGUAGCAAUGUGAGGCCUGUUUCUGGCUGUGGAUAAUUGGUACUCACUGGAGCCCAGGAUCUCCACCUCCCCCACCCCACUCCAGUUGACUUCCCUGGAGGGCCCUGGCCUGGAAGUUUAUCCCAAGAUCCAGAGUCCUGUCUUUUUACAGUUGGGACAGGCUCCAACAUGACUGACUUUGGAGCUGGGGGCCCUAACAGGGAGGAAGAGGACAGACCACAGGACAGAGAUGGGUAUGACAGACUAAGGUAUUACCCUGGAGCAGUGACUUGUUUCCAAAACUGCUCCAGACAUGGUUGGCCUCCCUGCUCUUCAGCUGGGCGUCCAGAUGUGUGUCCUGAGCCGCCCCGUUCCCCAGUCUCCUGCAGUCCUCCUGGGCCUGUGCCCUGUGCCGAGUCCAUUUGGAUGGAUCAAGGGAGAUUAAAUGCCAAAGAACCACACCUCCGAUUGCAGUCUGUGCUAAAGCAGUCAACCAGGCUCUGCCAAUGUCUGGUAAAGGAAAGUGCAGGAAAUGAGUUCCGUUCUUAAGCACGGCCCCUCUCCCGGGAACUGUGGGAUCUCUGUGCCACACUGUAAGACCUCCUAGAUGUAGCUCUCUGAACAACAAGCCCCCAGAGAGCCUGGGGCUUGAAAAUUUCUAAGGAGACCUCUGGGCUAUUGCACUGUAAAGGAUGUUGGGUACAUGGCCCUUUAUUUUAUAUAAAAAUAAAAUGUGUGUGUGUGCGUGUGUGUGCGUGUGUGUGUGUGAUUGGCAGUUUCUCAGUACAUUACUGAAACAAGAAUUUGGCCUCCAGAGGAGUCUGGUGUGGGAGAGAUGGCAAGGGGUUCCAUUAUCAGGGCAUGGUGGU